AUUCUACACAGAGUGAUGAGCUUCUUGCUAAGCGACAAGGACCAAUUCGCCACUUUGGGGGAGGUGCUCGCGUUUAUCGACUCGUUAGGGUUCGAUGAGAGCGACUUGGCAUUCGACACUAACCCGCUGCCUCACAGCACUCGAGACAGCGGCGGCGUCUCGCCUAAAGUUGUCGGGGUGAUACAGCUCAAGACUACCAAAACGAAGAAGAGAAAGGGGCACAACUUGAGCUCAUCGACAAGGCUGCAGCAGUGCAAGAAGGCUGAAAUCCUCUAUCUUCGCAAGCGCGUGCUGGAGCUGGAACAACAAACGCAGGCGCUAAAGGGUCAGCGCGAACGUCCAUUCAACCAGCUUCCUCAAGACAAGCCCAGCGCCGAUUGCAUUGCGAUAGCCCCCAACACAACGUGGCGAGAGUUGGUCGAAGCGAAUUACAGCGCGAGACAGCGCGCUGAAGAAGAGAACCGCGCGCUAAAAAGCUCCUGGCCAACCAGCUUCAAUCGAGCGGGGUGGUGAGUGCGCUUCUCCAGCAGCAAGCUGCACUUCAGGUGAGUUUAGUACCAGGAGUUUUGACUUUGACUGCAGCGAUUUGAACCAACACGAUGGUUUCUACCAAUACUGAAAGCAUGACGGCGGAAUCGCUACA